UGAUUUUGUGUUGUUGAGACUUGUUUAGUUGUUUUGAUGCUGAAAAAUUAUUAUUUUAUCAAGACUUGUUGAAUAUGUUGGAUUGUUGGACAAUUAGACAUGUUGGUUUAUAAUGUAUUAUGGAAUUUUUGUUUUAUUAUUAUGUUGGAUUGUGUUUUAUUAUUAUGAUGGAUUGUUGGACAGGUUAUAUAACCUUAUAAAUUAAGUUAUUAUUUUUGUAUUUAAAAAACCGCGGAUCCAAACCGAUCCAAACCGCUUGUAAUCGGAUCGGAUUGGAUCGGAUUUUCAAAAAAAUUCAUCCAAUCCAAACCGCACCGCACAUAAGUUAAGCGUUCGGAUCGGAUGACUUUUUCCUUCAAAACCGAACUAAACCGCAUCGCGAACACCCCUAUCUAUAGGCAUCCACGGGACGGCGAGGCAUGGAAGGCAUUUGACAAAACUUAUUCCGACUUCUCCAGCGAUCUGCGCAGUGCUCGUCUAGCCUUGGCUAGCGAUGGCUUUAACCCUUAUGGAAACAUGAGCUCAAAGUACUCAAUUUGGCCAGUGGUGCUUAUUCUGUACAACCUGCCCCCUUGGAUUUGUAUGAAACUCACCUUUUUUAUCCUCUCCAUGAUUAUUCCUGGGCCUAAAAUGCCUAGAAAUGAUAUUGAUGUCUACUUACAGCCCUUGAUUGAUGAGUUGAACCUGUUGUGGGUUGGUGUUAAAACGUACGAUGCUUGUGAAAAAAAACUUUCAGGAUGUAUGUUGCGUUAAUGUGGACAAUAACUGAUUUUCCAGGUUUGGGCAACUUUUCCGGGUGGAACACGUACGGUGGGAGAGCUUGUCCUACGUGAAAUUUGGAUGCUGAGACUAACCAGCUUACACACAGUCAAAAAUGGUGUUUCAUGGGUCAUUGUCGCUUUCUAAAUCCUAACCACAGAUAUAGAUGGGAUCGGGAUAGAUUUGAUGGAAAGAUAGAAGAUAGAGGUCCACCUGUCAAACUCUCUGGUGGAGACAUUGCGAGACAACUAUAGGAUGUGCAUGUCCACCUUGGUAAGGUGCAAUCAGUUACUAGGAAAAGGACACGUGGACAGCAAACCGCCGUACGAUAUGAGUCUCUUUGGAAGAAGAUGAGUAUUCUCUUUGAGCUCCCAUACUAGGAAAACAAUGGAUUGCGUCACAAUCUUGAUGUGAUGCACAUAGAGAAGAAUGUGUGCGACAACAUAGUUUUCACCAUACUGAAUGAGAAAGGUAAAUCUAAAGACCACUUUAAGGCAAGGAAAGACCUCCAAUUGAUGGGAAUCAAGCAUGCUCUGUGGUCAUGAAAUGAUGGAAAGUACCCAUUCGCCAUCUUUAUUAUGACCAAUCCAUAGAAGGAUGUCUUUUUAAGGACUAUCAAGAAUGUGGUCUUUCCAGAUGGGUACUCUAGCAACAUUUCUCGCUGUGUUGACUUAAGACAACACAAGUUGUCAGGCUUGAAAAUCCAUGACUGUCACAUUCUAAUGGAGUACGUACUGCCAAUUGCGUUAAGGAAUGGUUUGCCUGCCCCAGUGUCCUUUGUCUUGGCCGAGCUAUCAUCCUUUUUUCACCGAAUAUGCAACAAAUCCAUUGACCCUCAACAACUACCUCUCCUUCAGUAUCAUGUGGUCCAUACUAUGUGCCACAUGGAGAUGAUUUUCCCUCCUUCUUUCUUUACCGUCAUGGUUCACGUGACAGUGCAUCUUGUCGAGGAGGUGCAACUAGGUGGCCCAGUGCAUUAUCGGUGGAUGUACCCAAUUGAAAGGUACCUAUGUCAUCUCAAAUAGUAUGUGCGUAAUAGAGCACGACCAGAGGGCUCAAUCGCUGAGGGAUACUUAUCUGAGAAGAUUCUCAUAUUCUGUUCAAGAUACCUCGAUAACGUCAAGAGUAGGAUCAAUCGACCAAUGCGUGUUGACGAUCGACCGUGUGAACCUAUUGGUAGUGAAGACCCAGGGGUAGGAGAGGCUAUGGGGGGCUGCUUCAUUUUACGCUCUCAUACCAGCUGAAAAGUUUCAAGCUCACCGUCAUGUCUUGGUCAAUUCCCCGACUGUGGAAAAGUUCAUAGAGUAAGUACAGUUGAGGUUAUAGAAUACCAAGAUGAUAAGCUAUAGAUGGAGAUUCUGACAUGAUACUGCUAUGAUCUAUCCAGUGCUUUUAGGGCCAUCAAAAAGAGGAAGUUGCGAAGCAAGACAAGGUCUCAAUCUCAAAUAGAUAGUGUUGUGCACAGAGAAUUACCCGAGUGGUUCAAACAUGAGGUGAGGCCUGUUGUCAUUAAUCUUAUUAUCAAUGGUCUCCUAUUGUUUCUAUCCCAAAUAUAUAUGAAACGUGAAACUGUUCUCUACCAGGUUCCCUUAGGAAUCAUCAGGCAUUCAAAAGAACUACAGUGGUUUGCAUGUGGCCCCAAUGUGCAAGCUAGCCGCUUUACAACUUACAACAUGAAUGAAUUUAAGUUUAGGACCCUAUCGAGAGAAGAAGGGUUGAAAACCCAGAAUAACGGGGUACAUGUCACUUCCGACACUAGAAGUUAUGCAAGCAAGCGCGACAGUAAUGUUGCGGUUGGUAGCAUCUCGUAUUAUGGACAACUAGUGGACAUAAUUGAGUUGAAUUAUAGUGGUCAAUUCACAGUUAUUUUAUUUAGAUGUAUCUGGGCAAACACCACAUUUGGUAGAGGCAUAAAACAAGAUAUUUUGUGCCACACUUUGGUCAAUUUCUCUAAUCCGAUGCAUACUGGUGAUCGAAAGGAUGACGAGCCCUACAUUCUUGUAUCAGAGGCUCGCCUUGUAUACUAUGUGGAUGAUGACGUUAAUAAGGAAUGGAGUGUAGUAGUCCAUGUGAAGCUAAGAGAUUUGGUUGACAUGGGCGAAGAGAAUGAUCAUUGUGAAUUGGAACUUUCCCCCCAACCAAGUUUGACUGGGUUGGCUGAGUGUAACGUGGAAGGUUUUUUGCUCAUAAAGGAGGGCGAUUUAGAAGAAACCACCAAUGAUGCCUUUGAUACUGGCGAGGAGGCUAUUGAUUGUUAGAUGUGUUUGGCAACAAAGAAUUUUUUAAUUCUCUGCUAUUUAGGGUAGUCCAUAAUCUUACCAAUUUGCUAAGGGGUUCAUAAUGUUGCUGGUGUGAUACAUAUGCUCCUAAUUAAAUUUCUUUGCCAAGACGUGGUAGUCAAUUAUUAACAUUUAUUUGCUAAGUAGUUUAUAAUGAUUCUUUCGCCAUGUAUGCUCAUAGCCAUCAAAUAGUUUUGAUGUAUAUACACUAGUACUGAUACAUCGCUAAUUCUACCAUACAUGUUCAUUUUAUCUUUUUGAAAUGGACAUUGGAUUAAGUAUCGAGCUAUCAUAUGCAUCAAGAAUGCUUAUUGUGUUUUGUGCAGGACUCUUAAAGGUGUAUCAUUUGUAUAUAUCUUGCAAUUUUAAGAAUAUGGUGCAUUUGAACACUAUUCUACUAUAAUUUUCUACUGUACUAGUAGUGAAUGUCACAACUGCUGGUGGUUUAUAAUGGUUCUCUGACAUGCAGAAUAAUUGCCAAGUGUUAUUAAGGAUUUUAGAUAUUUGAUUUGGCUUUUUGAAAAAUAGAGCAGUAGGAUUUAACUGUUGAUUGACAGGAAUAUAUAAAGUUAUUUUCCUCAUUUCUUUCAUGA